AUGGCAUCCUCUAAUACCGGUUCUAAUAAUGCUAGUGAUAGGAAACUCACGCGUGAUAGCUCAAUGGAUAGUCAUGCAAGAUUUAAUCUUUCGCCAGUACCAAGUGUUGAAGAUGAUGAAGAUGAUGGUGUUGGUUAUCCAUCUGGACAAGGUUUAUCAAGUAUUGAUCAAAAUGAUAGUGGGGAAGAAGCUGAAUCUCUUGCUAAUGAUGCUGGAAAUACAACGACUGUUACAAUGUACGAUGCAAAUCAUGGUCCUAGUAGUCCAUCAGCAAAGAAAUAUGAUCAUCAAAUAACUGAUGUAACAUAUGUUGUUCGUAAACAUUAUGAAAAUUUUGAAACAAUAGAUUGGUUAAAAGAUUUAAUGCGAAAUCGUAUUCGUCAUCGUAAUUUACGGGCACAUAGACGAGAGAAUUGGCAAAAACGAUUUGCUUUUUGGUUUGAUAAAUGGAGUGGAUGGAUUUGUGUUUUAUUAGUUGGUAUAUCAGCAGGUCUUGUCGCUGGUUUUGUUGAUAUUGGAGCAAAAUGGAUGAGUCAUUGGCGAACUGGUGUUUGUUCAUCAGCAUUUUGGCUAAAUCGUGAACAGUGUUGUUGGGGUUCGAGAGAUGUUGAAUUCGAUGAUGUUCAUAAUGAACUAUGUGAAUAUUGGCAAUCAUGGUCUGCAAUAUUUGGUAUGAAUGAAUUAUCAGCAAGUGCUUGGUUUUUUCGAUAUUUUAUGUUUACAUUUUGGUCGGUUAUUUAUGCAGCUUUUAUUGUUGUUCUUGUUGUUGGUUCUGCUCCAUAUGCAAGUGGAUCAGGUAUUCCUGAAAUAAAAACAAUUUUAUCAGGUUUUAUAAUGUAUGGUUAUUUGGGUAAAUGGACUUUUUUUAUAAAAAGUAUUGGUAUGAUAUUUGCAACAAGUGCAGGACUUAUUGUUGGUAAAGAAGGUCCAUUUGUACAUAUUUCUUGUUGUUGUGGAAAUCUUUUUUCAAAAUUGUUUCCAAAAUAUGGUCAUAAUGAAGCACGUAAACGUGAAAUAUUAUCUGCAGCUGCAGCUACAGGUGUAUCAGUUGCAUUUGGUGCACCAAUUGGUGGAAUUUUAUUUAGUUUAGAAGAAAUAAGUUAUUAUUUUCCAUACAAAACAUUAUGGCGAACAUUUCUUUGUUGUAUGGUUGGUGCACUAGUUGUACGUACAAUAAAUCCAUAUGGAAAUGGACAUGAAAUUCAAUUUCCUGUUGAAUAUAAUGUACCAUGGGCAACAUUUGAAGUUAUACCAUUUAUUGGUCUUGGUGCAUUAGGUGGUUUAUGGGGAACAUUAUUUAUAAAAACAAAUAUACGUUGGUUAAAAUAUAAAAAAACUUGUCAAAUUGGACAAUAUCCACGUGCUGAAGUUAUUAUAUUAACUUUAAUAACAGCUAUUAUUUGUUAUCCAAAUCAAUAUUUAAGAUUAACAAUGCCUGAAUUAAUACGACGAUUAGUUGGACAAUGUCAUGUUGAUGACCAUAUGGAUUUAUGUGAUUAUGCACGAGAUAAACCAAUUGGAACAGCAACAGCUAAAUUAUAUGCUUCUUUAGCUGGUCCUGGUAUACAUCGUGCUAUUUGGCAAUUAUCAUGGGCAUUAAUUGUUCAAAUAACUCUUGUUAUAUUUACAAUUGGUACAAAAGUUCCAUCAGGUUUAAUUGUUCCAAGUAUUUCAAUAGGAGCUAUAGCUGGUCGUAUUAUUGGUGUUAUAACAGAGCAAAUAGCAUAUCAAAAUCAACAUUUAGCUAUAUUAAGACAUGAAUGUGGAGUUUCAAAUGAGCAUUGUGUUACACCUGGACUUUAUGCUGUUGUUGGUGCAUGUGCAUUUUUAGGUGGUGUUAGUCGAAUGACUGUAUCGCUUGUUGUUAUUAUGAGUGAAGUAACUGGUGGUUUAUCUUAUAUAGUUCCAUUGAUGGUUGCAGCAUUAACAGCUAAAUGGGUAGGUGAUGCAUUUGGCGAAGGAAUCUAUGAAGAGAAUGUUAAAUUAAGUGGUUAUCCAUAUUUAGAAAAUCGUGAAAGUUUUCGAUUUACUUUAAAAGCGGGUGAAGCAAUUCGUGCAAAUCGUUCUAGUGAAGCAAUUCCAUUAGCAUGUAUUGUACAAGAUGGUAUGACAAUACUUCAAAUAGAUACACUCGUUCGUCGACAUCCACAUUCAAUUUAUCCUGUUAUACUUAGUGAAGAUUUUCCUUGUAUUGUUGGUCAAGUUCAACGACGUGAUUUAUUAGCGGUACUAAAAUCACGUAAAACUCAAUUAACAUUUGCACAACCAAAACCAUUACUUAAUAGAAAAGUUUCCGUUGUAUCAAUGUCAAAUUUAUUAAAUAAAUCUGGUCAACCAUCAACAUUAGGAAUGCGUAGAGCAUCAUUAGCAUUACAAGCAUCAAGAGUUUUACAAUUACAUAAAUUAGUUGAUCGUGCACCAAUCAUUGUAACUGAUCAAACACCAGUUGAAGCUGUUGUUGAUAUGUUUAGAAAACUCGGUUGUCGACAAAUAUUUGUUACAAAAAAUGGUCGUCUGCAAGGUAUUUUAACGAGAAAAGAUAUUAUUCGAUUAAUGCAUGAAGCUAAUGUAUCAGGCAGAUUUGAACAUUAA